UUGUUUUUAUAUUAUUAUUACAGUUUUAUCUUAAUAAUAAUAUAAUAAUUAUAUUUUUAACAAUAAUAAUAAUGCACGAUAAAAAAACAAUAAUAAUAAUGUUUUAAAGGGAAAUAAUAAUGUUAUAAACAAGCAUUGUAUUUUGUAUGGGAGCUCCCCCAAUACACCCUCCUAAGCUUGAACAAAGAAGUAAAUCAAGAAAGGAGAUAUGCAGAAAAUGAUGCUCGCCAGAUCGUUGCUCCGAUGCUUUUACCGAAGAUCUCCAAUUUCGUCCCCUUACGCUGCCGCUGUCGCCGACGCAGUCAACCACCACACCUUCCGUCACCUUCAUUUUAAUCCCCCUUCUUUUCCGAAACCUGUUCUUCCCGAAUGCCUUCAUCCAUCUGCAUUGACACCCGGAAGUGUACGUUAUUUCAGCGAGGAUCUGAGCCAUAUGCCCAGUAUACAUGAUGAAGAAAUCAAGUGUGCUUUUAAAGAUUUAAUGGCCGCAAGCUGGGAUGAGAUCCCAGAAGCUGUUAUCGACGAAACAAAGAAGGCAUUAUCCAAAAGUACUGAUGACAAGGUUGGCCAGGAGGCAUUGGCUAACGUUUUCCGUGCAGCAGAGGCCAUUGAGGAGUUCAUCGGCAUCGUAAUAAACUUGAAAAUGGCAAUUGAUGAUGCUAUUGGGUUAAGUGGUGAGAAUGUGAAGCCUAUGCCAAAACACAUGGUGACUGCACUUAAUACAAUCUUCCAACGUUAUAAUACAUAUCUGAAUGCCUUCGGGCCGGAUGAGGGAUAUUUAAAGAAGAAAGUUGAGACUGAACUGGGGAGUAGCCUGAUAUUCUUAAAGAUGAGGUGCAGUGGCUUAGAGUCUGAUUGGGGAAAGGUCACAGUUCUUGGGACAUCUGGACUUGCUGGUUCUUAUGUUGAGCAAAGGGCAUAAAACAGCUUCUGUUGACCUAGACUUACGUGUUGUUUUAAUAAUGUCAUUUCAGUUUUUGAGCUAACUGGUUGAAUGUAAUUUGCUAUAUUGCAAUCAGCUUCUAGCAAAUUGAAGAUUUCAGACCUUAAAACAGCUUGGAGAUAAUAAUGAGCGGAUUAUUUCACACCUGGAUGAACCCUUUUGUCAAAUCUUAUUAUAUGAAUAAUUUUUGCCUAGAUGCAGUAGUUCUGGACAGUUUGAUAUUGAUGAAAGAAAUGUUCCAUUAUUUUAUGAGGUUGCUCUC